AAGAUAGCUAGGGCUCGCCGCAAAAGGGUCUGCGCGCCUAUAAAUUUGGCAUCAAAGCUCACUGGUACUAGUAAUCGACUCGCUUAAGCUAUCGGCUAUCUGUUAUCGCGGCGUAAGAUGCUGCUCCAAUCGGGGAGGCCUGUCCCUUCGGCCCAGGCGCGCGCGCUGCGGCGUGCAGCUGUGCAGAGUGCUCGACCUUGCAGGGUGAUCCCUGGCGGCCGCUCUGCCGUGCGCGCGGAUGCGGCAGCGGCCAUAGCUUCACCAGCGGUCGCGGUGGAGGAGGCGUUGCCAGGAAUCGAGACGACCCAUGACAAAAAUGUCCACGGCACCGCGGGCAGCGUGGUGGUGGAGCAGCCGGGCCUGAAGCGCGCGUCCACGCUGCGCAACAUCAUGUUCGUGACUUCCGAGGUCGCGCCCUGGUCCAAGACGGGCGGCCUGGCGGAUGUGCUGGGCUCGCUGCCCUUUGCGCUGGCGGAGCGAGGGCACCGUGUCAUGGUGGUGUCACCCAGGUGGGUGCUGCUGGGGAGGUUCCGCUACUCGCUGCUGACGCUGGCGGCCAUGGAGGCGCCCUUCUUCCUGGAGCUGCCCGUGCCGCCGCAGCAGCAGGACCCGCCGCGCAGCCCCACCGCCCUGGCGGCGGCCGAGGCCGCCGCCGCCGCCGCCGCCAAGGCCGCCAACGGCUCCGGCCCAACCGCCGCCGCCAUCGCGGAGAUCGAGGCGGUCGUACAGGCUGAGUCAUCCGUUCCCAAAACCAAGUACGGCCAGGACAUUAUGUUUGUUGCCAACGACUGGCACACCUCCCUCAUCCCCGUGUACCUGGCCGCAAAGUACCGCCCCCACGGCGUGUACGGCAACGCACGUGCCAUCCUGGCCAUCCACAACCUGCGCCACCAGGGCGUGUUCCCGCCCUACACCUACGAGUCGUUGGGCCUGCCGCCUCACUGGUACGGCUGCCUGGAGUGGCAGUACCCGCCCCACCAGCGCCAGGGCAGCUGGGCGGAGGAGGGCCGCUCCGUGAACCACCUCAAGGCCGGCCUGACCACCGCGGACCGGGUGGUGACGGUGAGCGCGGGCUACGCGGAGGAGAUCAAGACCUACCUGGGCGGCUGGGGCAUGGAGGGCAUCAUCGCGGCGCGCGACCCCGUGCUCAACGGCAUCGUCAACGGCAUCGACACAGACGAGUGGAACCCCUCCAUUGACCCGCACCUGCCCGCCACCUACGACGCCACCAACUUUGUGGAGGGCAAGGCCAAGUGCAAGAUGGAGCUGCAGCGCGAGCUGGGCCUGCCGGUCAACGAGCACAUCCCGCUGGUGGCCUUCAUCGGGCGCCUGGACCCGCAGAAGGGCGCCGACAUUCUGCUGGAGGCGGCCCCGGCCCUACUGCGCCACAACAACGUCCAGCUGGUGUGCCUGGGCAGCGGCAACAAGGACCUGGAGGACGGCCUGCGCUGGCUGGAGGCGGAGUUCAAGGACCGGGCGAGGGGCUGGGUGGGCUUCAACGUGCCCUUCAGGGCGAGGGGCUGGGUGGGCUUCAACGUGCCCUUCAGCCACAAGCUCACCGCCGCCGCCGACAUCCUGCUGAUGCCCUCGCGCUUCGAGCCGUGCGGCCUCAACCAGCUGUAUGCCAUGCGCUACGGCGCGGUGCCUGUGGCGCACAAGACCGGCGGCCUGCGCGACACGGUGCUGGACUUCAACCCCUGGGCGCAGGAGGGCACCGGCUGGACCUACACCAGCUGCGACGCGCAGGGCCUGCUGCACGCGGUGGGUGUGGCGCUGCUCACCUACAACAACCACAAGGAGGACUUCCGCAAGCUGCAGCUCCGCGGCAUGGCCCGUGAGGCCUCCUGGGACGGCGCCGCGCAGCAGUACGAGCAGAUCAUUGACUGGGCCUUCAUGGACCCGCCGUACUGCCGUUAAAAAAACCGCCGCACGGUACAUGUCUUGACCAACUGCCGCCGUGCAGCCGUACGAGUGUGACCGCGAGCGUGACAGGCGGCGCGUGUGUGUUUGGGCGUAUGUCCGGCUCGAUAGGGUCGGCGCGCCUGGCUUAUUGGGGCGAGGUGAGGUGACGAGCGGAGGGAGGUUUGGAAAAGCAAGAGUCAGUGGUGGGGUUGUCAUUGGAUAUGUGACUGAGGCAGGCGUGUCGCUUGCAUGUGCAGAGGGAGAAGAUUUUGUUGCUUUGCAUUUGAUCGAUGGACCUGGAAGGGCUUGUUUUGCAGCUUUGUUGAGGCUGAAGAGGUGUUUGCGGAGGCUGUUUAAGCAUCUCGCAUCGUUUCGCGAGCGUGAUUGCACGUGCCUGUACAAGAGGGCUGGUUGUACGACGACCGGAUUGCACGCGCAGUGAGAGAAAAAGGUAAGAAGAGGACGCCGUUUCACCAGAGUUUGAUCGCCUGGUCCUUUGCCGGACCGUUUGGAAGUGGAGUGUGUGACGACCCGCGCAGGAGUCUGUACAAUACCACACAUGCGCUUUGCUUCGCUGGUGUUUUUGGAGGUAUUCAGAGGGAGAGGGACGCAUUUGCAGACAUUCAAUAAGCAAUGGGAGUGCGUGAAAGAGGUUGUCGCGGUGCGGGUCAGUGCAGCCGCGGUGAAGGAAACCUCACCACCCGCAGUGGUGUGACGGUGAGGCCGAUCGCAACUUGCUUUGGAAGGCUUAGAAAGGGGGUGACAAAUCGACUAAGGAGGAGAAGCGAGCAGAGCGAGGACUGCGGAGAGGAGGCAAGUGGCGGUUUGGGCUGGAGGAGGAGGACAAGCGUCCUGAGCUGAGGAUAAGGAGGUGGGCGUUGGCGCAUAGGCCCACCACGUAGACGCACAGCCCAGUGCGCACGCGGCGCACAGGCUAGGGAGGCAUGGAGGCGUGGGUUUCAGAGGUCAAGGAGGCCUGCCGGUGGUGCGGGCAGUGAUGUCAGGACCUGGGCCCGGCGUGCAUUUGUGUCCCCGGUGGCCCGUAGUUGUCUUCUGGUGACUGCGAAACUGUGUAUGGAGUGAAGAAGUUUGUAUGUGUAUGUGUGUGCCUUUCAACCUUGCUGUGGUGUGUCGCAUGUCGCCUGUAUGGGUGCAUGGGGCAAGGCACGGGCAAGUGGGUGGUGCGGAAUAGGGGCGUGAGAUGCAGGGCCUGGUCAGGGGUCUCGUCUGGUCAGGGGUCUGGUCUGGCCAGGGGCCUGGUCCGUUGUCAGUUGUGUGCAAGCUGCGGGAUGAUUUGCACUCGCAUGUGCGCGGCUGUGGUUGAUGCGGCGCCGUGCGCCGCGCCUUAGUCCGGGUGCUUUCAUGUCUCUUGCGUGUGUGGUUUCGUGCAGCCUUUGUUUGCUGGUGCCUAUUGGUGGUGUGGCCAAAAUCAGUUGCGUGUGUACGUGUGUGUCCAUGUCCGGAGGCCCACCCAAAAUACUUGAAGCGGGGUGAACCGAAAUAAGGCACGACCUGGGGCAGUGGCGCGCAGGGCUCGAGCGCCCCUUGCGCACCGCGCCUCAGCGGGAGUGCCCCUAUUUGCUUCUGUCAAAGAGCUGUGUGUGUAGCCCCAUUUAUCUGGUGUUUGCUGGUGAUGCCUGUGUGUUGCGAGAUCUGGAUACGGUAUCAGGGGGCUGUUAGCAGCCCAAAUGCGGUACUACAUCAUGUCGUUCGGUUACACAAGGGAGUAGAGCUAAGGAGGUGCGACUACGGAGAUGCGCGACUGCACUUCCGGCGGCGUCUGUUUGUUUGUGGUGGCUCGUUCGUGAUCCCGAGUCGAGGAGGGGUGGCGAACCGGCGUGCGAGUGACACGCCCCGGCACGCGCGGGCAGCUGGCGCGGCUGGGGCGGAGGCGCGGUGCCGGAUUGAGGCGCGUUAGGGGAAGCUGACAUGGAAAGUUGUAACGACACAGAUAA